AUGUAUCAAAAUUGGAUAUUACCCAGGGAUAAAAUGCAAAGUACAAUAAAAGAACUUUUGGACGCCUUAGGAUGUAAUUUAGAAGCUGAUACCGUUUUAGACUACAUCCAGAAUGAUCCCAAUUACGGUAAUAGCAGCUUGACAAUCAAACAAGCCAAUGAAUAUGCACAAAGACUUGCACUUAAAGCUUCUAAUGCUAAAGUUUUUCUCAAAAAGUACGAGGAUCUGAAAAAUCGCAACACUGAUAAUUUAUCAGAUAUGGUUGUAUUAUUUUAUAAACUGGUGUGUGAAGAUAAGAAAACACGAAUCUCAAAGCCCAAAGUAGCGCCAAAACCUAUCGUGGGCGAUAAUAAGCACCAGAUUACUAAAGACGACCUGCCUCAGAUUAAAGACAAAUUACUGAAAGCUGUUGAUGAGAGUAAGAAGUUGGUAAUGAAGUCAUUUGAGGAAAAAGAAUCAAAGUUGAGACCUAAUUGGUACAGCAGUCUGGAUUUACCGAACUGGCAAAAAGACCAUCCGGCUAUGUCCUGGGAUUUCCCCAAGGAACCAGUGCCGAUAGUAGCUUCAUUAGCUGGAAUCCCAAUAGCAUCACAAGAAAAUAUAAUAAUUGAGGAGCUUUUGUAUGUAUUUUCUGGCAUCCCUGGAAAUUUCAUAGUCCAUCAACCUGUUAAGGACACAUUUGAUGCAAGAACGUUUUUAAUAUCUGAAGAUUUAGAUGAUGCUUUGAAGCAAAUUGUCCAACAAAUGUUGCCAUUAGCUUCAAACUACUCAAUAGUGAGGAGGUUCAUUGAGAGCUGUGAUAUGUGGUCGGGUCAAGUGUUGCAUGCUUUAGUUGCUGGCAUCGAAGUGUUACUGAAAGAUUAUUAUACCAUGUUAGCGCAACUGGAAACAGAACAAAUGUCAUCUAACUUGACACUGCAAAAGCUAUGGUAUUUUGUUCUGCCCACUAUGCACACCAUGCAAGUGUUGGCAGCUAUAGUCACUAGUAUCGGAAAGAGUGAAUUAAGAGGUGGUGCAGUUUUGACAGUGUUACAUGAGAAAACAAAUACAUUAAUGGGUGAUGCGAGAGCACAAGAAAUAUCCUUAUUUCUCACUGAGAGGGCAUGUCGACCUUAUUUAUAUAUAUUAGACCAGUGGAUACAUAAAGGAACAGUUAUUGAUCCAUUUCAGGAGUUCAUGAUAGAAGAUAAUGAACUCAUCAACAAAGAGGAACUGCCGGUAGAUUAUUCAGCGGACUACUGGGAGAAGCGAUACUGCAUACAACGAGAUAGAGUGCCCAAGUUUCUGGAAAAAUUUACAGACAUCAUAUUAAGGACCGGGAAAUACUUGAAUGUUAUUAGCCAGUGUGGUAAAUCAAUAACGAAGCUGAACACAGAGGAAAUCAAAUAUUCACUGCGCGAACAGAACUAUGGAGCUUUAAUACAGAAGGCGUAUUCAUUUGCUAGCAAGUCUCUGUUGGAGCUUUUGUUGAAGGAGUACGACCUGAUGGGUCGCUUGAAAUCCGUUAAGAACUACUUCCUCAUGAGCCAGGGUGACUUCAUUGUACAGUUCAUGGAUGCCACAGAACAAGAACUAUCCAAGAAGAUUGAUGACAUCAUACCUUCCAAGUUAGAGUCGCUACUGGGUCUGUGUUUGAGAUUAUCAGCUGCUAGUCAUGAUCCUUAUAAUGAAGACAUGCGAGUUGAACUGCUGCCAUAUGACCUGCAAUUCCAGAUGUUCAAGAUACUCUCCAUUGAGACUAAAGAUGAGAAAGAAUACAAACAGAACAAGGAGUGCCCGCCGCUGUCCGGUAUAGAGACGUUCUCGUUUGGUAUGGAGGUGAAGUGGCCGGUGUCGCUGAUACUUAACCACAAGGCCAUCGCCUGCUACCAGAUGAUAUUCAGACACCUCUUCUAUUGCAAACACGUGGAGAGGCUGCUGUGUAGAGUGUGGCUGUACAAUAAGGUGGUGAAGCGUUUCUCCGAGGCUCGCCUGUAUGCGGAUGCGUUCGCCCUGAGACAGCGCAUGUUGAGCUGCGUCCAACAUCUACAGUACUACAUGUGUGUGGAGGUCAUUGAACCCUCCUGGUGCCAGCUGAUACAGAGCUUGGAUAAUUUGAAUGCAACUAAUGUUUUCGGAUUAUUUCACGUUAUUUUAUUAUUUAAAAAUUAUAUACGGUCAGACAGGAUAAGAUUCUAA